AGUACCUACCCAACACACCGGUAGUAAAAAUUAUAAUACAACAUGAAAUAUAUCUGUGUGUUGAUGUGUUCUCUGGUGGCUGUAGUCUGCGUUGCUGGACAAGGGUUUCCGACAAAGCCGUGCCCCCCAGGCGAGCAUUCAGUCCUCUACUGUCCACGAAAAGCCGAACCGGACUGCCGCAACCCUCAAGUGCACGACUUAGGUCGCCCGGCCGCGUGUGACAUCCCCGACUGCUUCUGCAAUGCUCCCACUGUUAGAAAUUUGGCCACUGGCAAAUGUGUGCUUCGUGCUGACUGCCCGAAAAAUGUGCCUCAGUAGUGCCUAGUUUCGUUCAUCAUUAUCAUCAUAACUUAAGAGCUUUGCUCUUGUCGGUGGAGUAAUCGCCACUAAUUUCUUUCUUGUGCCAGUCUUUUAAUUUCCUCAUAGGAUGUAUUAUUUUUUAUUCGACUGUGAAAAGUAAUUCUAGGUCUCCCUCCUUCUCUUGUCUUCUCUUGUGUUCUGUUGUUCUAAUGUCUUUCAUCAUCAUCAUCAUCUCAGUCAUAAGACGUCCACUGCUGAACAUAGGCCUCCCCCUUGGACCUCCAUACGUGCCGGUUGGAAGCGA